UGCUCAUGGAGACGAGAGAUUCACAACAGUCGUUGGCCGCCAUAAUCCCGAGUGUGGUUAGGACCGUAAAUUACUUCCUCCACCAUCCAUCCUGUUCCAUAAUAUUUCCCGAUGCAUCCACCACAUCACGUGUACUGUACUACUACUACGGUCCGCUGCAACCUAAGUGGGUCCGCGCCGCUCUUGGACCUUGCCGGGCCAGAACGACAUCCCAACCAACUACUAACCAAGUAGAAGGAGAACUGAGCGGCGGCCUCUGCUCUGCCGUCGUUGUCGCUCACUCAUGUCCGGCGCACCCUUUCUUGUCCUGAGGAUAAAAAAAUAACGCUGCAAUCACCGCCGCUGCCGACGCCGCCGCCGUCGUCGUCGUCGCUCUCUCAUGUCCGCUCCCCGGCGCCGCGUUUUACUCCUAGUAUCCACCGUGACCCCACCAUCCCAUGACGACUCGGACUCGGAGUCCCGACGGCUAACCUGCAAACCUCAUUUCACCGACUAUGGACCUCGCCCGCACCGCCGUUGCGAUGGUCAUGAUAGAUCCGGCAUCAAUCGAUGAUAGACUUGGGCCCGGGCCGGUACCUUCAAGGCACCUUCGGACAUUACAUCAAAAAUCGACUCAUUACAUUCGGACAGUAGUAGUACCUUGUCCGGCGCGCCAUAAUGAUCGUCACAAGCCACAGGCAGAAGGACCUUAUCCGGCCUCCUCCUCCUCCGAGGAAUCCGCCGCGUCGCGCCUUUCGCUUUCCAGUGGACUUUUGAGUCGACUCAAAAGUCACGAGGAAUCCGCCGCGUCUCGCCUUUCGCUUUCCAGUGGAGCUGGAGAUUUCCCGUUUCCAACUUGCACGCGUACCCGCUCGCUUUAUCCGCGAGCGAGCGGCCUCUGCCGGACUCUGCCCCAUCUCCCUUGGCCCCCGCGAAUCACGCUACUUUACCUAGUACUACUGCUUUUACCACCGCUACUAUCUCGCUCCGAUUCUUCGAGUUCUCCUGAAUACGCAGCGCACUUCCGGCGAUCUUCCGCCCUACGGGCCUACUUUCCGCACGCUGCCCCCGCGGCGGAUCAUGGCGCCCGUUGCGCUCUAUUCGCUCCCAAAUUGAUCGUGGCGCGAUACCGCGAGAGACGAUACUCAGUGAAGGUUCGAGAUCCCCCUCGGGGAACGUGGUGCCUUUUGAGUCGUCUCAAAAGUCACCGAGUACUAGAUCCCCCUCAGGGAACGUGGUGCCUUUUGAGUCGUCUCAAAAGUCACCGAGUACUAGAUCCCCCUCAGGGAACGUGGUGCCUUUUGAGUCGUCUCAAAAGUCACCGAGUACUAGAUCCCCCUCAGGGAACGUGGUGCCUUUUGAGUCGACUCAAAAGUCACCGAGUACGAGAUCCCCCUCAGGGAACGUGGUGCCUUUUGAGUCGACUCAAAAGUCACCGAGUACGAGAUCCCCCUCAGGGAACGUGGUGCCUUUUGAGUCGACUCAAAAGUCACCGAGUACGAGAUCCCCCUCAGGGAACGUGGUGCCUUUUGAGUCGACUCAAAAGUCACCGAGUACGAGAUCCCCCUCAGGGAACGUGGUGCCUUUUGAGUCGACUCAAAAGUCACCGAGUACGAGAUCCCGCUCAGGGAAAGUCAGCGCAGGUGGCGGCGGGCUCAGCAGCGCGCUCGCCGCCGGUGCUAGCGGUGGGGAGCGCGGCGAGAUUCGCGCGGCGCAGGAAGUUGGUGCGGAUGGGCGGGCGCGGGAGGAAGUGACCCUGGGGUGUCUGAUCCCGACCUACUCGCAAGACGGCACGAACAUGCUCGCAGCGAUCACCAUGGCUGUUGCUGACGUCAACAGCGACCCCACCAUCCUGCCACGUCAGCGCAUCCGCCUAGUCAUCGGCAACAUCAGUGCCAGCUCGCCGUCCACGCUCAGCCAGCUGGCAGCCAUAGCAACAGUGCAGCAGCGGCCAGUGGCAGUCAUAGGCCCGGGUACUUCCGACCAAGCAGCGCUAGUCAGCCCGCUUGCUACUGCCACUCAAACCCCCUUUGUGUCGGCGGCAGCAACAGACGUGCAGCUGACGGUGGGAGGCACCCGGCCCUACUUCAUGAGGACCAUUCCCAAUGAUGGCGUCAACAUGCAGGCCAUUGCAGCGCUGCUCCUCAAGUACAAGUGGAGGGAGUUCGUUGCAGUCUAUACUGACAAUCGUUUCGGCCGCAACGGUAUCACUGCGCUAAUGUCGUACCUCCUCGCGAGCAAGGCUUGGAAUGUGCGCAUCGCUCAAAGGGUACCUGUCAAGUCCACGUGGACAGCUGAUGACGUGGCGCAGGCUCUGGCUGCCAGCAAGGUGGUGGAUUCUGCCGUCUAUGUGCUGCACGCCUCCUCUACCAUGUCUGCUCUCAUACUCGAUACAGCCAGCAGGCUGGGCAUGAUAGGGAAGAACUACGUGUGGAUAGCAUCGGAAGGGGCUGCUCAGGCCAACACGUCCACGCUGCAGCAUGCAGAGGGCCUUAUAAUCACAGCCUCCUACCUCCCCCCGUCGCCUCGCCUGGCGGCCUUCAAGCAGCGGUGGAAGCAGCUCAGCCCAGAGCAGUUCCCAGGGGCGGCUGAGGAGGACCCCAAGACCUACAGCCUCGCGGCCUAUGAUGCCGUUUAUCUCAUCUCCCUAGCUCUACACUCUUUACUCGUUAAAAGCGUCUCUCAGCUGCCAAGUGCCAGCGCCUUUCACCUGCCGUCGGAAACAGCCGCCAGUGGAAUGAGUGCGAUUGCUGCACCUGCAGCGUCUGCUGCUGCUGCUGCUGCACCUGCGGAAUCUGCUGCUGCUGCUGCGGCAGCACCUGUUGCUGCUGCUGAGGCAUCUGCUGCUGCAGCAGCAGCAGGGGGAGCGCAGCCGUUGGUUCUGCCGGUGGGAGCAGGGCAGGGCGGGGAGGGCGAUGGGGGGCUCAUUCCACUUCUGCACAACCUGCAUCGCAGCUCCAUUGGGCCUGUCCUCCGCAAAGCCAUUCUCAACACUUCCUUCGAAGGCCUCACUGGAAGAAUCUCCCUUGCAGCGCAUGGCGAUGUGCAGGCAGAGGCAACGGAGGUGCUCAACGUGCGCAAUGCUACAGCGCAGCGAGUUGGCUUCUGGACCCCUGCCUGGCAGCUCACGCCCUCGCUCAAGCCCCCCUCCGAGGACAAGGAGGAACCACUCGGCAUUGUCUUCCCUGGUGGGCUCGCAGUAGCGCCAUCAGGAGCGUUUCCCAAGACCCGCCUCCGACUCGCUGUUCCAAAUAAGCUGGUGUACAAGCAGUUUAUCAACAUCUCAGACGCCUUUGGCGCGGGCAACGACCGCUUCUCCGGUUUCUGCAUCGACGUCUUCCGUGCCGCCGUUGCCCUGCUGCCGUACCCCCUCGACUAUGAGCUUGUGCAGUACGGCGAGGAUAACAUCUCCCCCAGCUACACCCAGUUGGUGCUGGCCGUGGCCGACAAGACGUAUGAUGGCGCCAUUGGGGACAUCACGGUCACAGAGACUCGCAACAGGGCAGCCUACUUCACAUACCCCGUGUUUCCAUCAGGCCUAGGCGUGAUAGGAUACGCAAAGGAGAAUUCGAGUCCGUGGCUGGCGUUUCAGCCAUUCACAGCGAGCAUGUGGGGCGUGACGGUCGCUCUGUGCGUCCUAGCGGGGCUCAUCACCUCGCUGCUGGAGCAGCAAUCAAACAAUUGCUUCAGAGGGAAGAUCCACCAGCGACUGCUGAACGCCACAUGGUUUGGCCUCCAAACCUUCUACUCCCUCAUGGAGUACCCUGUCCGCUCCACCCUAUCCAGGCUCUUCAUCAUCCAGUGGCUCUUCAUUGCCUUCCUUAUAGUCACCAUGUAUACAGCCAACCUCACCUCUAUAGUCACUGUUGACAAGCUCACCCCACCCAUCCAGGACGUCUUCUCGGCAGCAAGAUCCACGGGCCCCAUAGGCUUCCAGCAGGGGUCCUUCAUCAACGCCUAUCUUCUGCAGAUGGGCAUCCCUUCGGACCGCCUGGUGGCACUCAAUAACGAGGAUGAGUAUGCAGCAGCGCUGUCGUCAGGGCGAGUAGCAGUGAUAGUCGACGAAAACCCCUAUCUUGAGCUCUUCUCGUUGGAUUUCUGUGAUGGGGCUAUGGCGCCGCAGCCAUUUUCGCUCCUAAAUCUCGCGUUUGCGUUCCCCAAGGGCUCUCAGUUGGGCCUGGAUGUGUCACAGGCAAUAGUGGAGCUGUCCGUUUCAGGCCAGCUGCAGCAGCUGCGGGAGCAGUACUUCGGAGGUAUCAAUGGCUCCUGCACCCAACCCGGCACCUCCACCAGCUCCUCCAGCAGCAGCAGCGACGGCGGCGGCAGCGGUGCUAGGAGCAACAUCGGUCGUACAUCCUCCUCCUCCUCUUCCUCCUCUGCCUCUUUCUCCCUCUCCUCCUCCUCGUUUGCGGCUGACUCCGCCGUGCAGCUGUCGAUGCACAAGUUCCUGGGGCUCUACAUCCUAUUCGCUUCCAUGUCUGUGGGGUGCUGCGUGCUCUACGUCGCGCUCCUCAUCCACCGAGGCUACCGAGCCAGCAGGGAGGCUGCUCGCCUGCAGGACACCCAGAAUCAGGCCGAGAUCCAACGGCUCGUGUUCCAUCACCAACCGGUGCACAGGGGAUCUGACGGCCCAGAUGGAGCCGAGCUUGCAUGGGCAGCUUCAGGGGGAGGUUUGGCAGCAUCAGGAGGGCAAGAGUGGGGCGAAGGUCUUAACUGGGGUGGGGAGUAUUUGGAAACAAAGAAGCUAUUUGUUUUUGGUCAUACUGCCACGCUUAGUGGUGGAGGCAGCAGCAGGGGAAGCUUUGAGGCGCCUCUGACUACACUUAGUGGCAGAGCGGGUAGCAGCAGGAUAUUUGAGGCCCCUCAGAGUAGACUCGGUGGCUUAAGUAGCAGUGGCAGCCGCAGUGGCAAAAUCAGUGGCAGCAGCAGUGGUAGCAUCAGCAGCAGCAGCAAUCACCAAUGUGCAGCUGCAGGAGCAAAGACCUUGGCACGAGUUGUUGAGGAGGAAGGAGGAGAAGAGAAAGAGGAGGAGGAGGAAGAGGACGAGGAGAGCGAGGAUGAGGAGAAGAUAGAAAUGAAAAAUGUUGAAGUAGGAAAGGAGGAAGAAGAGGAGGAAGAGGAGGAUGGAAAUGAAGAGCUGACAGAAUUGCUUAAAGAUGCUUCUGUUCACAGCGAUGGCGACAGCAGGCCUGGGAGUAGGCACGGAAGCAGGUCCGGGAGUAGGCCUGGUAGUAGGCCUGGGAGCAGGCAUGGAAGCAGGCCCGGGAGCAGGAGCAGCAGCAGAAGUGAGAGGACCGGCAGUGGCAGGAAAACGAUCGAGAAGACUAUCAGUGCAGCCGCCAGACUGUUGCGUGGUAGUGCAGAAGGUUAUAGCGGGUCAGAAUCAGAGAGCAACGAGGAAGCUCCCAGAUUGGGUCCGUAUGAAAGCCUUUCGAGACUGUCGAAAAGGGACGCGGGAGGAAGCGGGGUUCUUGAGCUCAGGCAGGAAAAAGUCGUGCGUAAAAGGCGGCUGAAAGCCAGGAGUCUUGGGGAAGAGUGCCCUCUAAUUGAGAAGCAGGAGACAGAGCAAGGCACCUUGUGUGAGGCUGAGAACGACAAGGAGUCGUUAGAAGGAGGGCCUUUCUUGCCUGAGCCUGAGCUAUCUGGACUCCAACAAGAGAAGGCAGGGAUGGAUCAUGCUGUGGAUGGAAAAGUAGGUGAAGGCGAAGGCGUAGGCGUAGGCGAAGGCGUGACUGCUAGCCAAUGGAGCUUGGCAGUUACAACUGCUACUUCUGCCGCUGCAGCUGCUGCUGCGGCUGAUGCUGCUGGUGCAGCUACUGCUGCUGUUGGUGGCGCUGGCGCUGCUGCUGCUGCUGCUGCUGCAAUUGCUGUUGUUGGUGGCUCUGGUGCUGGUGCUGGUGCUGGUGCUGGUGCUGGUGCUGGUGGUGCUGGUGCUGGGCUCAAUACCAGCACGAAAACUGAUGCCAGUGUUGCUGCUGCUGCAACAGCUGCAGACGAUCCCAGCCGGCAUACUUUGUCUUUUAGUGCUCUGACUUCCCCUCGAGCUGACAGGUGGCAGUACCAGAUGGCCCGCAAUAGACGAGCAACGCAACACCGCCGCACACCCUCCCUUCCCUUCUCCCCACUCCCUCUCUACCCUCACUCUCCCUCUAACAUCUCUCCAUACUCCUCCUCUCACUUCAACCCACACUCGCCCUCUCACAUAAUACCACACUACUCCCCUACUCAAAUCUCUCCCUCCUCCACCUCUCACAGCUCUCCCUCUGCAACAAAGCCUCACGUUAUAUCAGCAUCUCGCUCUGCCCCACGCCUCUUCUCAGACCAAGUUGUUCUCAACCGCAUCCCUUCCCCAUCCUCUCGCCCCUCCUCCAACCAACAUCAGCAGCAGCAGCAGCAACAGCAGCAGCAGCAGCAGCAACAGCAGCAGCAGCAGAAGGGCCUUCGGGAGAGGAGAUCAGUGGUUCUAGGUCAACUGCAGCUGCCGCACCAGCGACCAUCCCCCACGAGUCAACAGUCCUCCCCUGCUUCACACCAACCAUCACCUGCCGUGCCUGGCCGUUUAUCACCAAGUCUUCUUCCCCCCAAGUCUCCGAAACUGCCCAGACCACCGAGCCUAUCACCCGGAGCACCGAACCUAUCACCCAGACCACCGAGCCUCUCGCUGCAGCAGCUGGCGGCGCGAGGGAGCGCCAGGCGCAAGGCAGAAUGGAAGGGUAGGGAAGAUGCAGAUGCAGAUGAAGGGCUGGGACAGGAUGAGCACGAGGGACGCAUCAGCAGACUGGCAACUGGUGUGGGGAAGGAAGAGGAGAACGGCAGGGAGGAGCUGCUGGUGGCGGCGCACAGCAGGAGCCGUAGCAGCGACUGGGCUUGCGGGGUCCGGCACGACUAUGGGCCUGAUGGACCGGCAGUCUCAGCUUACCACCGUUCCAUUUCCUUCCGAUCCUCCUCUCUGCCUGCUUCUCCCUCCGCCUCUCGCCCUGCUUCCCCCUCCAUCCCAGCUUCAGAAUCAGCUUCCAUCUCUCCCCGUGCUGCAUCCUCCUUCAACCUCACCCUAUCAAGCUCUGCUUCGCUCCUCGCUGCAUCUUCCUCCCUCCUCUCCGCAUCCACGUCAUCCCUUGUCUCUGCGGCGCCAGCAGCUGUGAAGGCCCUAAGCAAGAGCAUGCGCACUGAGACAGGGUUGAAAGCAGUGGCUGGGAUUGGGGGGAAAAUGGAUGCUGGGAUGAAGGCACUUAGCAAGAGUAUGCAAGCCGACGCAGGGUUGAAAGCAGUGGCUGGGAUUGGGGGGAAAGUGGAUGCUGGAAUGAAGGCUCUAAGCAAGAGCAUGCAAGCUGACGCAGGGCUGAAAGCAGUGGCUGGGAUCGGCCAAAAGGCGGAUGCAGGGAUGAAGGCGCUUAGCAAGAGCAUGCAAGCUGACGCAGGGCUGAAAGCAGUCGCGACUUUUCGCAAGUCGGUGGUGGCGGGGACUCAGAGAAGGCUGGCGUCGCUGCAGUACACCGUGGAUGACCUGGUGGAUAAGUACAACAAGGGGCAGCAGUGGAGCAAGGACAGGCACUUGACAGUCAACCUACAUGCAGCAGCACAAGUGGGAGCACAAGGAUCAGCGAUGGUGGCAAUAAGCCCAUCCCAUGGAGCACCAGCGUAUCCCACCUCCUCCCUGCACCCUGUUUACUCUUCGCCCAGUAUAGAUAGGGCCAAUUAUGAAUAUACCCUGGGCUCACCAGGUGUGGAAGCUAUUGCUUUGCGGUCGAGCCAAGACUCCCCGGAGGCAGGUCGAAGGCAGCAGCAGCACCGCCGAACAUCAUCCGCUGGGGAACUGAGUCUGCUCUUCUCCGCCAAUCACAGCUCGCCACGUCAGCUCGUUGCUCAAUCACCCCGUGGCCUUUCCCCCUACCAGGUGUCAUCCCAUGGCAGUUUCAAGCAGCAGGGCCGCAUCGUCACCCCUCCUCCGUCCUUCCAGCAUAGGCAUGCACUACAGAGCCCCCAGCAGCAGCAGCAGAGCCCUGGGAUGCUCUCACAACGAGUGCAUGCAGCAAGGUCGGAAGGAAGCCGUGGGGAUUCCGCUCUGCACAGCGUCAAGCAGCAGGGCUCGCCCUCACCCACCCCCACCCCUGUACCGAGGCUUGAGGCGUCUCACAGCUCCCCCUCACCCAUCCUUGUACCGAGGUUUGAGGCGUCUCACACCUCGCCCUCACCCACCGUCGUUCUUAGGGCACAAGGAGGGCGCAGUGGUGGGCUAGGAAGACGAAGAAGAGGAGGAAAGGGAGGGGGGAGGGAAGGGGGAAGGGGAGGGGGAGGGGUGGAGAUGAGUGCGAGAUCGAGGACUAUGGAGGAGCGCAGACCAUGGAAGCAGAGCUCCAAUCAGGUCUCCUUUCAGAGCUCCUAUGGCAGCUCCCAGGUGGCGCUGGAUACAAGAGCACGGACCACGGGCCACUGUGCAGCCGCGGCCUCCCCCAGCCAAAUGGAGAGUGGUGGUAAUGAGGCCAGUAACCAGGCCUGUAACCAGGCCAGUAACCAGCCUGGUGACACACUGAGGGCUGUACUUAGUAGUGGUGCUACGAGCUGGGGAAGCAAGGGAGAGACAGUGAGGCAGCUGCAGCCAGCACUGGAGGGUGCUUUGGAGGGGGCUCAAAGCGAGGCGCCUCAAAGGUUUGGAAGGAGCUGGAGAAGCAGCGCGGAAAUAGUGAGGCAGGUGCAGCCAACAGCAGAAGGUGCAUUUGAGGCGCCUCAAAGGCUUGGAAGGAGCUGGAGAAGCAGCGCGGAAACAGUGAGGCAGCUGCGGCUGUUGCCGGACGGCAAGCAGCAGCACGUGCCAUGGAGCAGAAGGGCGGGGGUGGCGGGUGUGGCAGGUGUUGGGGGAUUUGUGGCGCCUCAGAAACCGUGGCACCGGCGAACGGCCUCGGGUGACGCUGCUUCUGCUCCCAACUUCUUCGACAGACUGGACGGCGAAUCACGAGGAGCAUCGGUCGCCGACCAGAUAAGAGAGCUUCUGGAGGCAAAAUCUGAUGGAGACGAGGCCAGAGGAGGAGAGGGAAAGGGAGAGGGUCCAACCGAACGAAAGCUGGUUCGAGUCGAUGCGUUUGACGUGGCUUCCAUUCUGAAAUCCAACACGUGAAUCUUUGCACAGCUUAUUCCGUGCAGAAGGGGGUCAAAAGAAGGGGAUCCAGAGGAGCAGAAGCUGGUUCGAGUUUAUGCAUUUGACGUGGCUUCCAUCCCGAAUUCCAUCAAGUGAAUUUGCGCUCGGAUGAAUUUGUGUGUACUACUAAGUGAAUCUGUACAUUGUUGUGUUGAUUUGUAUAAUCCAUCACGUGC